AUGCUAAGGCCCGUCAGUAUUGAUGACUUAAUAUCAGACACAGUUCCUGCGAAGAAACCUCGGUUUCUGAUCAAGAAACGAACAUUUCCACAACCAGAAGAAGAAGAAGCGUCAAAGGCAUUGUCACACACCGUUAUCAAGAGGAAAGAUAAUUAUAGGAAUCUCGACGAAGACGAACUAUACGAGGAACAAGUAUCUAAUGAACCAGAUGAUUUACUAUUCCUAGCAAGAAAAUCCGCCGACCUUUUGAAGAAACGACAAAAUGAAGAUGAAAGUAUUGUCGACAAUUACUUGGGGAAGCAUUGGUCUGAAAAGAAAUAUGAAGAGAUGAGCACUAGGGAUUGGAGGAUUCUAUCUGAAGACUUUAAUAUCUCGAGUAAAGGUGGAACAGUAGAGAAACCUCUAAGAAACUGGCACGAAUUAAAGUUAAUUCCGGAAGAUUUGUUAAACAUUAUUACAAAUGAUUUGCACUACAACGAGCCAACAUCCAUUCAGCGCAGUACAAUACCGAAUGUUAUAAACAAUAGAGACUUCAUUGGUGUUGCUAGUACUGGUUCUGGUAAGACACUUGCAUUUUUGCUUCCAAUUCUUAUAAAACUUCACGGUAUACCGCCACUUAAUUCAAUUACUAAACAUGAUGGUCCUUUGGCAUUAGUAUUAGCACCAACAAGAGAAUUGGCACAGCAAAUACAACAUGAGGGGCAAUCAAUUACGAAACUAUGGAAACGACCUUGCAAUAUCGUAAGUAUUGUUGGUGGACAUUCCUUGGAAGAAAUUUCAGCAAACCUAAGAGAUGGAUGUGAUAUAUUGGUUGCUACACCCGGAAGGUUACUUGAUUGUCUAGAUUCUCAUCUUUUAUUUUUAAAGCAAGUAAAUACGUUAGUGUUGGAUGAAGCGGACAAGAUGAUAGAUUUCGGUUUUGAAGAUCAGUUGACUACAAUUUUAGCAAAGACAGAAACAAUUUCCAAUAGACAAACAAUGAUGUUUACGGCUACAUUCUCACCUACCAUAGAAAAAGUUGCUAAUGGCUAUUUGAAAAAGCCAAGCUAUGUCACGGUUGGAGGAGAAGAAUCUAAACCAAAAAUUAAACAAAUAGUACGGUAUGUUCCAGAUGAAGAAGAAAAACUUAAGAUACUUGUAAAAGAUUUCCUACCAAAUUACAAGGCUCCUAUCAUAAUAUUCAUAAAUUACAAAAGAACAGCUGACUGGUUAUUCGACAAACUUAGAGAGGCUCGGUUCCGAGCAACAACUCUUCACGGCUCAAAAUCACAGGAACAACGUGAACACUCUUUAAGUCUUUUGAGAAAUGGGAAAGUAGAUAUUCUCAUAGCUACUGAUGUCGCUGGAAGAGGUAUCGAUAUACCUAACGUUUCUUUAGUAGUGAAUCUACAAUUUCCUAAGUCGUUUGACAGCUUUGUGCAUCGUGUAGGUAGAACUGGACGUGCUGGUAAAACUGGUACUGCACUUACUUUUCUAACCGAGGAGGAAGAUCAUUCUGCCAUGGCUAAAUUGUUCGAUUAUGUCAAAAAGAACGACUUCACCGGAGAAAAUUACAUCUCAAAAGAAGCUAUGUCGAAAUACAAUGUUGACAAAUCUUCAUACAAACCAAUUAUUAUAUGA